CAAUUUUUUUGAGUUCCAUACCCGGAAAAUAAAAUAUAUUAUUGUCAAGAGGGCUACCAACCCCAAGGAAGACCCGACAAGAAAAAUGAAGCCUUCUUCCGCAUUAAAACCAGUUGCACUCCUCGCAUUCACUUUCUCCAUCACCAUUUUCACAAUACUCCUCUCUUCUCCUUCUCAAGCAACCAUCGAUUCGAAAUCAAUGGCGUCUCGAAGCUUCAUCUUAUGGCUGCACGGUCUAGGUGACUCCGGUCCAGCCAAUGAACCCAUCAAAGCACUCUUCACCUCGCCUCAGUUCGCCAACACUCGUUGGUCUUUCCCUUCUGCUCCAUCUCAACCUGUUACCUGUAACUAUGGUUCAGUGAUGCCUUCAUGGUUUGACAUUCACGAGAUACCUAUAACAUCUAGUUCCCCUACGGAUGAAAGUUCAUUGCUUAAAGCAGUUCGGAAUGUGCAUACGGUGAUUGACAAGGAGAUAGCUACUGGAGUUGACCCUAAGAAUGUGUUCAUCUGUGGAUUCAGUCAAGGAGGGGCGUUGACCUUGGCUAGUGUUCUGUUAUAUCCAAAAACUCUUGGAGGGGGUGCGGUUUUUAGCGGAUGGGUUCCUUUUAAUUCAACUACUUUAAUUGAACAGAUCACACCAGAGGCCAAAAGGACACCAAUAUUGUGGUCGCAUGGUAUAGCUGAUGGAACAGUGUUGUUUGAAGCUGGACAAGCGGGCCCACCAUUCCUUCAACGGGUUGGCAUAAAUUGUGAAUUUAAGGCGUAUCCGGGUCUUGCCCAUUCAAUAAACAAUCAGGAGCUCCAAUACCUGGAAUCGUGGAUCAAAUCUCGUUUACAAACAACUUCCUCCUCCAACUAGAAAACAAACAAACAAACAAACUAAGCUUAAGAUUUGUUAUAUUUCUCUACAUGGAAGACUGCUUCUUCUGAAUGGUGAUGUGGGUUCUUCUUCAAAUAUUAUUUGGAAGUCCAAUAUGUUUUCAUCUUUGAAUUAAUACAUUCUCUAUGAAUAUGUUAUGUGAUUGAUUGAAAAUGUGUUCUUUAAUCAUCUUCAAAUAUUAUCAGUGUUUCUUUUACUUACUACCACAAAAAGAAGAAUGACCUAACCUAACACAACUUUACUUUAAUGUGCUAUCGUUAUUUCAUAUAUACUUAUAAAACUCAUGUAUUCAUACCAUAUUAUUAUUACCAACAUCAUCGCUUUUGGCACUAUCGUUAUUCAUAGCGGCCUUUGUUUUAUACCAGGAUACUUUUUCUUUCACUUUCACACGAAUGGGGAAUUAAGUGUUAGAUUCUUUGAUGUAGUUGAAUAAAAUCAUAUGUAGAAGUUUUAUAUGUAAUCGUGAGAAUAAACAUGC